AAGCAAUAGUUAUCAGUCUCAAUACCAAGCAGACAUGGUGAUGUGGCUUGUUAAAUGAAAGAGGUAGUAGAAGAACUAGAAUCUGAAAGAGGUUUUUAGUCCUCUACAUACUAAAUGGUAGAGAUGAUCUGGAAGUACUGCUGUCAAGACAGCAGGUACUUGGAUUGCGAUAAGCAUGGCGGUCUGUAGUAGUCUAGCAUCAGACCAGCCGAAGAUCAACCAUUAUAGUUCAUUUGUACUUGUUCCUGGACACAACUUCUACUACAACUUCCACGAACACUUACUUUCUCAUUCUCGGGUUUGGUUUUGGCUUGUAGAUAAAGAUCAUAGAACUCUUAUUUGAUUCAAAAUUUCGGAACGCUAAGUGUACUAGUACCGCUUCAUACGAUUAUACGAUCUACUUUUUUUGUUCUUGUGACGAGGGUACUAACUAACGAAAUCUACGUCUAACUUUCGCUGAACAACAUACCUGGUGGCGCUGUGUAUGAUGGAAAGACGACUUUGCUAGUUGAUCUAGACCAUUUAGAUUCGAGCGGAGAUCAAGAGGGUCACGAUGACCCUGCAGUUGGUGUCGUUGGAGAAGUUAGAAGUGGAAUAUCAAGCGGUGCAGAUGGUGUCAAAAAUGUGGAAAAGAAUGAGGAGAAGGCGCGCUCAUCUUCUUCAUCCAGGAAAUUUCUUCCUCCAUCAGAGCUCGUUUCCACAGAAGGGUACAUCAAUGAGAACCAGAAACGUUCAGCGUUCUUGAAUGAUCUGACAGUGGGGAAUCGGGUCUUCGCCUUGUGGGGAGAUAACUACAUCUUCUUUCAAAAAACCUACGAUGGAGCUCAACUACGACUUGGAGCUUACAUCUAUGUGCCUUCUGAGCUCUUGCGCGGAAAAGGCUGGAUUUGUUGAGGAAUGGCAUGCCGAUCGCAUCGAACAAAAAUGUUCCUUGCACAUUGAACAGCAACCACGAACGUGGAAAGGCGGGAUGGUUUUUCGGUAUCUUCUCGCACGAACGCGGAAAAGUGGCGAAUUUGAAUCACUUAAGUAAUAAGGACGGUCGGUCUUCGUCUUAGCCUCUCAACAUCUUCGUUGCAAGGGGAGAAGUAGAACGAAAGAUGCAUCAUGGUCUCGAUCUGGGGUAUCGUUCGUAUUGUUAUUUUUGAAGAUAUUUAUAAUUCUGCAUUCUCUUUGUAGGCUGUAGGAGGACGCUAUAACGAACGGGGGAGGGAAGAAGCGACUUCUUAGUGCAUACAACAGAAAGUCGCGAAAAGAUGAAGCUACAGAAGUAGAUCAUUCAGUUUGGAUAACCACAAGCAGCGAAGGCCCCAAUCGUCCGAGACGACGACUGUCAGAGGAAGACUCGAAUACCGCGAAAUACCUGAAGACGCGGACCUCUGAGGAAAUAGAGGAUGGUGCUAGUUUUGGUGUGGCAACCACUGCGGGCCCUGUUGUUAAGAACAAAUUUUCUAAAAGACGAAUAGAUGCUCUCCAUGUGUGCUGGUAA